AUGGAGCUGCGUGGAAAGCGCUUGGAGCGGAAGAGAAUUCGGCUGGAGCAGCAGGUGGAGCAGCUCACCCUGAAACAGAGUGGAGGGGCCUGGGGAGACCUGCUCUGCUUUGCUUUGCAGCCCUGGCAGGUCUGGACUGUUGCUGGGCUCCUCAUCCUUCUCUUGGGACUGUAUUUUUCCUGGAAAAAAAGGAGUGAUGAGGCAGAGAACAGCAGCGAUAGAGACAAAGACCAUUUUUCUGACAACGAUCUGAAAUGGCUUCUAGAUGAGCGCAUCCAGUGGCCUGUACAGGAUCUGCAGAGAGGCUGCGAGCGGACAAUAGACCUGAUGGACAAUUAUACGGUUUAUUUUGGACACAUCUUGUCAAACAGUUUCUACCCAGUGCUGCAACGAGCCAUCGGGGUGGGCAGUGCCUUUGAAGGCUGGAGUCCGCGUGAGCAGGAUGUGGUGUACCGUGUGCUCAUCCCCAUGACUCCUCCCCGAGGCCACAGCUUCCACCUGGAGCUGGACAGUGCAGGGCAGAGGCACGUGAGGAACUUCCGUGUCCGCGUGCAGCUGGAGUGCACCUGCACCAGGGAGCAGCAGGCUGAGAACAUGCUGUGCUUCCUGCACCACCCCAAGGAGGAGCUGAGGAGGAAUCAGGGUCCCAGCCUCCUGCACACCCUGUGUACCUGCUCCUACCUGGAUGUGCAGAAAACUGCUCGCUGGUUCUACCAGCUGGUGAGAGCAAUCUGGCCAGCUUUGCCUCAGUCACACAACUGGCACUUAGUGCUGCUUCCCUCCACACGUUCCUGCCAAUUCAAGGUGACCAACGGCAGGGAAAGCUUCAGGAUUGAGAUGGUCUUUGGGGUGCGGAGAGGUGACUCUGACAUCUUUGUGAGCAGCCAGCCAGGAUAUGCUGGAACGCCAAGCACUCUGUGGCUGGAGUCCUAUGAUGUGGCAGAGAUGAAGUUCUUCAAGCACAUUGCCAGGCAGGCCCCUCCUGACAGCUUGCACCUGAGAUGCCUGCAGUUCUUUACCCGUCUUCAGCUGGGUAUAGGCUUUUCCACCUAUACAAUGAAGACCAUUGUCAUGCACCUGCUGAACACCAUUCCUGUGUCACGAUGGCGCAGGAAGUAUUUUUUGCGGCGCCUGGGAGAUAUCAAUGUGAACCUGCGCCGCUGCCUGGAGGAGAAAUGCCUUAAGCACUUUAUCAUAGGCAACAAGAGAUUGCCUCAGGAGAUAAGCUUGCCUCUGGACAUUGCAUCAGCUCAGCCACCCAAUCUCUUCCAUCAUCUGGCAUGGUAUCCAGUUGCCCACUCCCAGGCGAUGAGUGAGUACCGGGAUCUUCGGCGUCGGCUCGCAAGUGUGCUGCUCAAUGGUUACUGA